CAGAAAUUAAGUUUUCUUGAUUAUAACAUGCAGAAUUAGGGUUUGCUCAGAUUUUGUGGUCUCCCUCAUCCAUUGUGUUAAAUAUAAAUGCAUUCGUAUUUUUCCUCUUAUCUUUUGAUUUUUGGGCCUUGAGAUAUGUAAACUUCAAAAGAAGUUGAUUCUACAACGUUAAUUCCUUCAUCAAGAUUAAGAGUUGAGUAUUGGUCGGGCUGACAAUAUUAUGGACGCGAAAACGAGCGAGGAAGGUGGGGAGGUAGCUAAGGGUGGCGAUGAGACGUUGCCGGCUUCCAAGAGCGGCAUACUUAACUUUCCUCCAAGUGAUAAGAACCCAUCGUCGACGAGGAGUUCAUGUAGCAUUAACAGCAAGGACAUGAUCUUUCGGGCUGAUAAGAUCGAUCUCAAGAGCUUGGAUGUGCAGCUUGAGAGGCAUCUCAGCCGGGCUUGGUCGAGCAACUUAGAGACUCAGAAGCCUAAGGAAGUGUGGGAGAUCGACGCGUCCAAGCUGGAGAUCCGAUAUCUUGUCGCACAGGGAACAUAUGGCACAGUUUAUCGGGGUACUUACAAUGGUCAAGACGUUGCAGUGAAGUUAUUGGACUGGGGAGAAGAAGGAACGGCCACAAUUGCUGAAACUGCUGCACUUCGGGCAUCAUUUAAACAAGAGGUUUCUGUUUGGCACAAGCUUGAUCACCCAAAUGUUACAAAAUUUGUUGGUGCUUCAAUGGGGACUUCAGAACUGAAAAUUCCUUCGAAAAACCCUUCUGAGGGUUAUACGAAACUUCCAUCAAGGGCGUGUUGUGUUCUUGUCGAAUUUGUUCCUGGAGGGACAUUGAAGAGUUUCUUAUUCAAGAAUAGGAAGAAGAAGCUGGCUUUUAGAGUUGUCAUCGAACUUGCUUUGGACCUUUCAAGAGGAUUAAGCUACCUACAUUCAAAGAAGAUUGUACAUCGCGAUGUCAAAGCUGAAAACAUGUUGUUAGAUCACCAUAGAACAUUGAAAAUUGCUGAUUUUGGUGUCGCCCGUGUUGAAGCCCAGAAUCCGAGAGACAUGACCGGUGAAACUGGAACGCUUGGUUAUAUGGCCCCAGAGGUACUGGAUGGGAAGCCUUAUAAUCGAAAAUGCGAUGUCUACAGCUUUGGAAUAUGUUUAUGGGAAACAUAUUGUUGUGAUCUGCCUUACACAGAUUUUAGCUUUGCUGAAGUUUCCUAUGCUGUUGUUAGACAGAAUUUGCGUCCGGAGAUACCUCGUUGUUGCCCAAGUUCUCUGGCAAAUAUCAUGAAAAGAUGUUGGGAUGCGAACCCAGACAAAAGACCCGACAUGGACGAGGUGGUGAGGCUCUUGGAAGCAAUCGAUACCAGCAAAGGAGGAGGAAUGAUACCGGAUGAAGACCAUCCUGGAGGUUGUUUUUGCUUUGCUCCCACUCGGGGACCAUAAUAUUAUAAAUAUAUAUAUAAAUCUUUUAUUUAUUUUCCUAUU